GUUUGUGCCCUUCGUCGCGCUGCAUUUGACCAUCUUCUACGUCUCUGCUGCCUGCAUCUUCAUCUUACGACGGAAGAACAAGUGGCCCGAACACACAGGUUUUGACCCCAGCUUCGAUCAGACCUUCUACAUCGCAUGGCAUAUGCCCAUGAUGGUCAUGGCGUUUCCCUUGGGUCUCAUGGCCACCAUGGCGGGCCGAGAAGUGUGGCUCACCGGUGAUCGCUUCAUGGAGUAUGGCUAUAUCUCCGACCCCUUGGUGUCGGAGAUUGGCACCUGGUUCAUUUGUUUCAUCGCCGUUGACGUUGUGCUCCUGCUGAUGCAUCGCUUGGGGGGCAAGGAGAUCUGCCUACAUCAUGCGAUUUUCGCCACAGGGGCAGUGUUCUGGGUCCGACAUUGCUGUGCUCCGCUCACGAUGUGCAUCCUGAUGACCCAAGAACUCUCCACUCCAUGGCUGAACCUCUUCACCCUUUGCAGAGCUUACAAAGGUCUCUCGUCCAUCUGGACGCAGGGUUCGUUUCUGAUCUUUGCGGUGUUGUUCUACAUCUUCCGCGUCUUCUUCAAUACCUUUGGCACUGUGCAUUUCCUCUGCGAGGUGCUCCAUGGUUUUUGGGGAAGCCCCGCCUUGAGAAUGCCCAGGUGGGAAGGAGUUGCCUCAGCCUUGGUGAUGCUGGCCCAGUGGUCUCUGCAGAUCUACUGGGCUCGGAAGAUCGCGCUGAAGUUUUAUCAUAGCAUCCAAAACCGAGAAGCGAAUUGA